AUGCCAUUUUAUCGACUCAAAGACCUUAUAAAAGCAAUUCGUGCCUGCAAAACUGCCGCCGACGAAAGGGCGGUCAUCCAGAAGGAGUCAGCGGCUAUUCGUACUAGUUUCAGAGAAGAAAAUAAUGAUGCACGACAUUCCAAUGUGGCUAAAUUGUUAUAUAUUCACAUGCUAGGUUAUCCAGCACACUUUGGUCAAAUCGAAUGCUUAAAAUUAGUAGCAUCAAACAGAUUCGCUGAUAAGAGAUUAGGAUACCUGGGGAUUAUGCUUUUAUUAGAUGAAAAUCAAGAGGUGUUAACCUUAGUAACGAAUUCUUUGAAAAAUGAUAUGAAUCAUUCUAAUAUGUACAUUGUAGGUUUAGCUUUAUGUACUCUGGGUAAUAUAUCUUCUCCUGAAAUGGCACGUGAUUUAUGUGCAGAAGUUGAAAAAUUGUUAGGGAGCUCCAAUACUUAUAUUAGAAAGAAGGCUGCAUUGUGCGCUAUGCGUAUAAUUCGUAAAGUUCCUGAACUUCAAGAAAAUUUCUUGCCAAAGGCAAAAGCUUUGUUGAGCGACAGAAAUCAUGGAGUCUUGCUUACAGCGACCACUCUUAUUACUGAAAUGUGUCAUAGAAAUUCGGAUACUUUAAUUACAUUUCGAAAGGCUGUUCCACUACUAGUUCGUCACUUGAAAAGUUUGGUCUCUGCUGGAUUUUCUCCGGAACAUGAUGUAACUGGUGUGACAGAUCCAUUUUUACAGGUUAAAAUAUUAAGACUAAUGAGAAUUUUGGGUAAAGGUGAUGCUGAAGCAAGCGAGGCGAUGAAUGAUAUUCUGGCUCAAGUGGCCACAAACACAGAAUCAUCUAAAAAUGUUGGAAAUUCAAUUUUGUAUGAGACUGUAUUAACAAUUAUGGAUAUUCAAUCGGAAAGUGGUCUUCGAGUGUUAGCUAUAAAUAUUUUGGGCAAAUUUCUGACGAAUAGAGACAAUAAUAUUAGAUAUGUUGCACUCACAACGCUUAAUAAGACAGUAUCAAUAGAUACAAAUGCUGUUCAACGUCAUAGGAAUAUUAUACUUGAUUGUUUGCGGGAUGGUGAUAUUUCAAUAAGGCGUCGAGCAUUGGAACUUUCGUUUGCAUUAAUUAAUGAGACUAAUGUUAGAGUAUUAACGCGAGAAUUACUCGCGUUUUUGGAGGUCGCCGAUAAUGAAUUCAAACAAGGAAUGACAACAAAGAUUUGUUUGGCUGCUGAUAGGUUCGCGCCCAAUAAACGAUGGCAUAUCGACACUGUAUUGAGAGUCUUGAAGCUGGCAGGCAACUACGUACGCGAAGAAAUAUUAUCGAAUUUCAUCCGACUUAUUGCCCAAACAACAGAAUUGAAUGCUUAUACUGUGCAAAAAUUAUAUGCUGCGUUAAAAGCGGAUAUUUCUCAGGAAUCCUUAACAUUAGCCGGUGUUUGGGUAAUCGGUGAAUAUGGUGAUAUAUUGAUAAAAGGAGGAUGUUUUGAAGAAGAAGAAUUAGUAAAGGAGGUUACUGAACCAGAUGUUAUUGAUCUUUUUGAAUCUAUUUUGGCUGGACCGUACGCUAAUCAGAUCACUCGUGAAUAUGUUCUCACUGCUCUUAUGAAAUUAACUUCACGUUUAAAAUCCGUGUCAGUUAUACAAAGAAUUCAAUCUAUUCUUGAGGGAUAUAAUACUAGCAUUGAAGUGGAAAUUCAGCAACGUGCUAUAGAAUAUACCAAUUUGUUUAAAUUUGGAGAUAUCCGCUCAGCUGUCUUGGAAAGGAUGCCCAUACCGGAAAUUAAAGAAGAAACAUCUCGCCCAACGAUAAUGCUGGUGGUUUCAAGAAUAAUGGGGGGGCAAUCACUCUUGGACCUUGAUGGUGAUGGUAUCGUCACUGAAGUUAAGUCAUCCGAAACUUCUCAGAAUACCGUAGAUAUUUUAGCAGAUAUUUUUGGUGGUGGCUCGUCAGCUAACACAACAACGGCUCAAUCAAAUCCAAAGAAUGAUAUUAUGAGUCUUUUUAAUGCUGGCACAACCCUUACAUCUAAUUUAAUACAAGAUACAACAGCUUCAAAUCCUUUGGAUAAUUUGAUUUCAACAACCUCACCACCUACAUCAAGUUCAGCAAAUGAUAUUAUGAAUAUUUUCGGUUCGACUAAACUAAUUGCCCCAGCUCAAAACAUACAAUCAGGAAAUCCUUUAAAUAACUUGGCUACCUCUUCUACUUCUAGCUCAAUAGAGGCAAAUGCAUCGGAAUUCACAGCGUAUAAUAAGAAUGGUCUCAAAAUCAACCUUUCGCCUUUCAAAGAUCAAAGUAACCCUAAUAUUCUUAACGUUAACGUUACCUUCCACAACGUUGGUGUUGGAUCAGCCGUACAGAACCUAUUAUUUCAAGCUGCCACACAAAGAUUACAAAUGCAACCACCGUCUUCGACAACCAUCGAACCUGGUGCCGUUGUAACACAAACAAUCCGUGUGAAUGUUCGUUUAAGACUAAGAAUUGUAUAUGAAACUUCAGCAGGAGACAAAGCAGAUGAAAUUGCCGAAUUUAGUGGAUUCCCUCAAGACCUUUGGUAA